GGGGGUCUCAGGGGUUUUUGUUUUCAAGACACGCGGUAGUCACCUUAUUUCUGUCCUUAUUUCAAUUGCUAACUGAGGACACUCUCUUUCAUCCCUAAGAGGAGAAAGGAACCGCCAUUUCUAGAAAGAAAGUCUCGCCUUUUGCUGGGCAAGGGUAGCACCUUUUAUGUCAGUAAUUUUGAGGCACUGAGUAUCCAUUUGGCCAUGGGAAUCGAUCCCGUGACUUAUUUUCUGCAGGGGGCUGCGGAUUACGUAGUUGACGAGCUCGCAAACGGAUACAUUGUUUUUAUUGUGGACAGCGGUAAAUGGAAAUAAGUUCAUGCGCAUGGAAUUGCCAAUGAAGAUAUGAAGAGCGACGUCGGGUUGUGUUAUACUCGGCUGGACUGCCUAACUGUUUUCUCUUGCUCUUAUUAACUUUCCCACAUUAUAUCUUUACAGAUCAUGAUCUUUCUACAGCAUACUGUGCUCGUUAUUUCCGCUUGUUCGCUAUCCAAGUUGCACUGCACUUUUUUCAAGAAGUGUGUAAAGGCGAAGUAGCAGUUGCUGGGAAGAAAACUAGAUCAUCAGGUUUAAGGUAAGGUGAUAAUUUUUCCGUUAAAUUUCGACUUUCUCAUGAGCCUUUCAAAAAGGUGUAAAAUAUAAUUGUAAAUAUAGUGCCUUGCGAACUUCGGAUGACGCAACGAAGUUGCUGUGACACCCGUGUUCCGCCUUUUUUACGUCAUGUAUGUGUCACGGAUUUCUGCGCGUGCGCGCUAGUUUUUGUUAUGUUAUCGACCAAACGGUCCGAUGCUAGAGCGCGGAAAGGCUUUGAUAGAUUUACUUCUUUAGCCAUUUGGAGAUGUAUUACGCGUGUGGAUUUGUUCAAGUCAAAUGGGUGUUUUGGAGUUCGGACCCGCGCUGGCAUAGAAGCUAAGGGCAAUUGUCCUCGUAAUCCUCUCUUUCCUGGCAACAGUAAGUGCUUCGCCGAUUAAAACUUUCUUUCCAAACCUUUAUUUUCCUCCAGAUUACCUUUUCGAGGACCAGACACUAGCACAGACCCAAUCCCCUCAUUUGCGCCAGUUUCAUCCUGGGUCAACCUGAACCGAGAACAGUUUAAAUUGUGCUUGGACCCUAGCAAGCUGAAGAAGUCACCCACAAAUGCGAAUUCCAAUGAGCAGACGCGCCGUUUUCAGGUCACUUGUCAGCUUGCCGUUAGCUCUAUCGUCUACUGCAAGACUUUCUUUAUGCCAGAGGAUUUUGACGCGUUUCACUCUGGUUCUAUCAGUUUGGAAGUCCAUGAUGCCCUGCGGCCUGGUAUUGUUCGCGUGCUUGGUGCAGCCAUAGAAAGGGAGUUUGCUCAAUUUGUAUUUAGUCUCCUGCUGGAAAUUCUCGACGCAUGUUUGGUGGGUGACUGUUUUAUUCGAGCGACUAGAUUAGUGAAGUGUUUUUUUAAGUUUUGUCGUUUCGUAUAAAAGUGAAUUUUGGCCUUCAAUAAGAAAGACAAGCUUUUUCUGUCCGAUGAAUUGACCACCCACUCCAGAUAUACCAUAACAUACCAUAAUGCUCUCUGUUUGUCGCCCCAAAUUUUGCAUAAGCAUUGUUUUCGGUUUCUCUUGGGGCCGUUUUAACUCCCGAGAGAAAUUUUCACUUUCUCUUGGGGCCAUUUUAACUCCCAAGAGAAACUUAAGACAAUGCUUAUGCAAAAUUUUGGAGUAACAAACAAAGAGUAUUACGGUAUGUUAUGGUAUUUCUGGAGUCGUCAAUUGUCGAAAUCCCGCAACGAGACAAAAUAGCAAUAGGUUUAGAUUGGCAAAACAACAACUUUGCACGUGCAUCAUGCACGUUUAAUUUUUUGUACAUUUCUUUGCAGUGACUGCACGACUGCGACAUAAAACUGCCUAAUUUCACGUUUUACGGAGGACGAAACACAAGACAACGACGUCCUUUUCUUUUCCUGAACCUCGAUACAGUCUUUUAGAAUUCAACUCCCGAAAAAAUUGCCAACAUUCGACAAACUGAACGAGGUACAAUAAGCGCGAUAAAGUUUAAAGCACCCGUCGCCAUCAUUGUUGCCUUUAAGCUCCCUAGUAUUCGUCAGAGCGGUCAUACAGACUCAAGUGUAAACAGUGUUAUUGCCAAUUGAAAGAUCAGGAUUUCUUGUUCUUUGUUUGCUCAGGAUGGGAGAAAAAGAGAGAUUUAUAAGCUGUUUAUCUUGUCGAAGGACUCCUUAAAAGCACAGGUACCUUAACAAUAUCCUUUGAAAUAUCUUCACAUGACCAGUUAUUGCUUUAAGAUUUUAGUCCUUACUGUUCUUAUUGUUAAAAUUGUUGUGGUUACUUUUUAUUUAUUUAUUUAUUUAAUAUUUAUUUACGAGUUUUCUCGUUGUUAAUCUCAAGAAAAGGAGCAGGCUACGUUAUCUGAUUUACAUCUUAUUGGUUUUCCUGUGCUUAGAUCGGCAAGCUCUUGGUGUUCCUGUUGAAUCCAAAUUAUGACCUGGAUCUUGCGUGUUUCGCAUUGCACCUGGUUUAUCACCCACGCGCCAAGAAAAUUCUAGAUGCUGUUUUGACUUCCAGCGGGGGACCAAAGGUAACUGAUCUGCAAGGUUUUUCAACAUCCGUGAUUUAUAUCAUUUACUGUGAAAUAAAACAUAGCACCUUCGCAUUUCUCAUCCAAAAGUUCAAAAGUCGCUUACAGGAUUUCAGGAAGCGAAUUCUCAAAUGGAAAUUUAUAGAAACGCACAUGCUCUUGUCUUUCUGUGUAUUUAUUUUUAUUUAUAUUCGUUAUUUAGUAAUUUUCGUCCCAUAGUGCAAGGUAAUUCGGAUUUCUCGAAAUCCGGGAAAUCUUUGCUUGUGAAUUCCGGAAUCCUGGGCUUUGGAAUCCGGAAUACAGCUCGAGGAAUCCGGAAUCCCGCGCUAACGAUUGGAAUCCGUGAAUCCAAGUUCCACUGACAAGGAAUUUGGAAUCCAGUAUUCCUGCAAUCCGGAUCAUGAUCGCAUAUGGACUCAGUAUCCUGCUAGCGUUGAAGGAUGAAUUAUGAAUUGGCAACUAACAACCAGGAAUACUCUCCCAAACUUUUCUAAAUAAUACAUCUAUUAAAUCAAAGUAACUCAAAAAUGCUAAUUUCCUUAGCUCCGUGAACGAGUGGCAGUUUACCUUUUGAAGAUUCUUGCACAUCCGCGCCUCACACCGGAGCAGAAGAGAACUGGGGACAAAUUUAAGGCAAUUUUACUCUCCAUGAACCUGCAAUCGAUGCGUUUGAAUGCCGCUGACCCUAAACCGUCUGAUGAAAACGAGGUAAGAUUAACGUACAGUAUCUUUAAAUUGGAACAGAGUUCCUACGUAGAAUCUUCUUGAAUGGGCUUCUGUCUUGGAGUUUUACUUAAUCGUGGAAAACUCUUAAAGAUUAGUCAUUGCAAAAAAUGCCGUCGUAACCUUUUCCCGGACUCUUUUAAAAUGAAGUGUUUUUAAAGCUCUGUUGUCGGAAUUUUCACAUUUAUUCCACAGAAAACUCCUAGAUUUAAGGUUCAUUUUGAAAGACGAGUCUUGUUUUGAUACAGAACUUUGUUUUCACUAUUAAAAAACGCCGGGUUCUUAGGCGCCUUUAUAUAUGCGCGAUUUUUCGUUUUUCGUUUUAAUUUUUUGUUGUUGUUUUUGUUUCAAGUUCAAGUUUCAAGUUUCAAGUUUCAAGUUUAUUAAGAAAAAUUGAGAAAAUACAAAAUAUGAUGUACCACUGCUCGCAGUUAGCUAUAGCUAUUCGAGGCGAGCAGUGGCUUGACACUAAGUAGAAUAAUUUUGUUUUGUUUUUUUCCUUUUUACAUUAAGUAUACUCUAUGAUGGGUGAUUUUCUUGCAAGAAAUCGGACAAAUAAAAAAUCAAAAAAAAACCGGACCAAAAAAUAGUACAAAAAAUCGAACAAAAAAUGGGCAAAAGAUUGGACAAGAAAUCGGACAAAAAAAGUUGGACCAAAAAUCGGACAAAAAAAUUGGACAAAAGAUCGGACAAAAAAUCACACAAAUAGAUCGGUCAAAAAAUUGGGCAAAAAAUCGGACAAAAAAAUCGGACAAGAAAUCGGACGAAAAUUCGGUCAAGUAAUCGGACAAAAAAAUCGAACAGAAAAAAUCAGACAAAGAAAUCUGACAAAGAAUCGGACAAACCAUCAGAAAAAAUCGGACAAAAGAAAUCGGUCAUUUGUGUUCAAAUCCGGUAAGGACGGUUUUUUUUUUGGAUGGGGGGCGGGGGAAGGCUUACAUUGACGGUAACUGAUCCGAAAGUUCCUUUCUGACUCGAUUCAAACUUCGAGGGCCUGGUCGUUUUGAAACAAGUUUUGUUGUUGGGUUUCAGAUACAGACGUGGGAGUCAGCUGACAAUGCAAGCAUGAUGCAAUGGCAGAAACAGAGAUAUGAGGCUUACCGAAGGUACGUGGGUCGAAUUUCCAAGUUUUGGAAUGUUUUAUAUAUUCAAGCGGGAUUUUCUAAUUUAGAUUUGUCUUCCUUUCGAAGAGCGAAACCAAGGUUCUACUGUAGACACCUUCUCCCGCGCAGCCGUUCUUUGUUCAGUCAUACCACUCUCCUCUCUAAAAGAAACGGGACGAGAAAAAGAACGGCUAGGAACGGGUAGAAGAAUUCUGUAGACCGUAGUAUUCGCUUCGUUGUGUUGUUGCCUCAUAUUAUUACAUUUGGUAGUGUAAAGAAAAGGUGUACACGAGCCAAGGGCCUAAACGGCCGGAGCUUCUCCCGAUUUCCUUAACAUGACGCAUGCCUAGGAGUAUUGCUACUCUCCCCUGGACAGGAUGCUAGUCCAUCGCUGGGUUACCCCUCAUCAGUAUGUCGCCGUUACCCGUUUAUAAACCUCGGUUAAGAGAGACAAAGUGGAGUCAAGUUCCUUGUCUAAGGAAUAAACGCGACGUGCGAGGCUUGAAAUCCGGUCCUCCAGAUGCGCAGUUCGAGGUGUCAACCGCUCAGCCACACACGCCUCCACAUUUGGUAGCAUGCUACUGAAGAAAAUAAUCAUGUUAUUGCUUCUUUGGAUGUUUUCGUAUUCAUUUCAAGCCAUAUAUCAUGCUUGUUUCAGAUUGGAGAAAAGAACAGAAGACCUCAGUGAUGCGAUCUCAAAUGUAGCGAAAGAUGUGACACGGGUUGUAGUGGAGAUACAAGACACUAAGCGCCAGGCUCUUCUCAAACACACCAGGGACGCAUUGUCCGCUGAGGUGCAGAUUCGCAAAAAAUGGCGUCAACUCAUCGAGCGUCUUAUUCAUGAAAGGUAACGUCAUUUCAGAAGGUUGUAGGUAAUAUAUAUGUAUACAUAAACAAAAUAUCACAGCUAAGACUAGGCAUUUUCCAGCCUUUGGCAGGCCCCUAAAUACGACGAGCACUUUUUACUGCACGACUGCACGUUUAUCUUGGUGACUGGAACAGGCUAUGUCUUUUCAAACUCGCUGUUCAUGGCGCUUACGUAUUUUGUAAUUUUUGUACUCAUAAAGCACUUAGGAGUUUUCAAGAACUCGUUUGUGAGGGUUCAUGCAAUUCAUAUCGAGUUAGAAUUAAGAAAAUGUUGGAUUUUUGAGGAGGAGAGGAAACACCGGCCGGGUAAGUGGUCUAUUAUCAAUGCUGCCUUCUGAUUGGUUGAGCUGCUACCAGGCUAUAUGUUAUAGCCCGGUAGUAGCGAAAAGCGUCGGCUUUGAAAACCAAAAUAAUGGUGGCUGAUUCGUGCGUUUUGCUAGCUAAAAAUGUUCUGUCUCAAUAUUUUUGACCAACUUUUACUAAAACAAUUAUUCUUCUCGCACUCAUGACCUCUGAGUUAAUAGCCCAUUCGGCCAGCGGCGUAAUGGCUAUCGACUCAGAGACCGUUCGUGCUCGAGGAAUAAUUGGGUAUUAUUUGUUAAAUAGUCUCCUUCGCAGCCGCUCCGGACCAAAGUCACGCAAUGGGACGGGGAGAAUUAUGUGACUUCAGCCCGAGCGGCUGUGAAAGAGACUAGGCAGAGCAGGGAACCAAUCCACAUAUGGCGUCGAAGCCUAUUUCCCCUUUGUAAACGCGAACGGUCCUUGCUAUUUUUAACGGUCGAUGCCUCCAUUCGCAACCAACCCUUAGGUCAUGAUAGGUGUAAAAUAUUUUCUGGAUUAUUACAUUAGGCCCUUUACAGCUAGCCAUUUACGUGGUACAAAACCGCCAUGCUGGAGAGAAAAGUCGCACCGGGACAAGGAAAAUAAAGGAAAUAACAAUUUAAAAUUAUGUAGGCCUUUUGUUGGUCUUGUUCCAGUGCGACUUUUGCUUUCCGGUCUGGCGGUUUUAUACCAAGUGAAUAGCUAGCUGCAGGUACGUUUUUGAAUGGUCGUAGAAAGAACUACGUUGAAGCCCAUGUUGAAUUUUCGUGUAAAGUUAUGGAAAGGACUGGAGUACCAUUGAUGUAUCAUUUAAGAAAGACAGUUUGCUAGUUUAUUUACUUAACGUUUUUGGAAGUUUGGUGGGUCGGUGUGGUGGUGUAGUAGUAAGGGAGUGAGAUUAGGACACGAAUGGUUCGAGGUCCAGGUUUUUCCCUGGUUUGGAUCUUCUUUUUUUCUUUUUAAUAGAAACACUCUCAAUAAAAGGUCAAAAAUAUUCUUAGUUUUUUUAAAAAUGGUAGCGACCGUUUACGAAAGGGAAAACUGCGCGUCGAACCCAGGCGAGUGCCGCUCUCUAACUUUUGCGCCACCCAAAAACACAGAAAAGAAAAAACCUAGGAUAGAGAGAACAACCGAAACAGGAAAGAGAAAAUAGAAGAAAUUGCUUCGUGACAGAGGUUUGGAUAUCGGAUACUAUCUAGCAUAAUUACCGUAUGACACUAAUUACAAUCAAACCUCUGUUAAGCAGCCCUCAAUUAAGCGGUCACCUAUCAAUUUCCCGAAAUUUACCUCCCAUGGCCGGGUUUUUCAAAGAAGGGUUAAGAUAACCCAGGGUUAGUGCAAAAUUUGAAUUUAGAUAUAAAAGCUUAAAAAGCAAAAUCAGUGUUAUUAUUUUUGUCUACAGUUUAAUGAUUGGAUGGCCUUAAAAGAAUCGAGGAAAUAAUCCGGGAAAAUGAUUUUGAACAAACGAAAAGGAAACCCUGGUUAAACUUUAACCCUGGGUUAGCGCUAUUCGGCCUUCGAACAACUGGGUCCAUAUGUACUGUAAAUUUGACCUCUAUUUAUUAAGCGGGCGCGGUCACCCUUUGGAAUUCCCAAUGGCUAAUUUUAUUGUAAUCUACCUCUGUUAAACUGUCACCUUGUAACAAGAGUUUUUGCAAACUUUGAAUCUCUCAACCAGACAUAACUCAGACAGUACAUAACCCUUGUCAGUUAUCAUCUGUACUCUGAACAAACAAAAUUUGUUUGCGCGUUCAUCAACUCAAAUCAACUUUCAUGAAUGAUAAUAAAAUUUCCAAAUUUGAUUUUGCAAAAUGAUGGCAGGCAAAUAUUACCUUGUGAGUGUACUGCUAAGUAGCUGUCAUCUGAAUGAUCCCUUUAUGGGAUUCGCUCACAGCCUCUUUAAGUGAGAACUACGUAUUAGAGAAAUAUUACCAUGUGAAAGUGCUGCUGCAUGCUGAAGAGGUUUCAUCUGAAUGCUCACACUUACAGUCGACUCCCGAUAACUCGAACCUUCAAGGGAAAUCGUAAAAAAAUCGAGUUAUCGGGAGUUAUGUGAAAAGUCCGAACCCAGUUGAAGGGGACUAGCUCCGGGUCGACUUCACAGAAAAGACACACGUACUCUGAUGGUUCAGCAAACUUUGUAUUUCUUCUAAAGUUUCAGCGUUGUUACAAGUCAACUUAAUCUCACACUAGCUUGUAGUAACUCUCUUACAAAAGCCUGUAAUAGCUCCUUUUAUCCUGACUGGACAUGACAGGUGCCAAUACUAAUCAUUUGAAAUUUAAUCUUGCAUCAGUAAAAACCCGAUUGGGUGUAAGGAACAUUAUCAUAUUUUCCUUCGAGGUUAUGACGUAGGCCGAAAAUCAACUUUGACAAUAGAAUUCACUUAAGUCAAGUUAAUGACCAGUCAAAACAAAAUAGGCAGAGAGAUAUAAAGAUCACAAAGAAUGUAUUUAUACAUAUAAAUCGCUGAUUCACACUAUCGUUACUUCAAAAAGUACAACUAAUCAACUUUUGUACACUACACAAGUUGUCGGUUAAAGUCUUCUUGUAGGAAUAAUUAACAAUAUUAAUUUGCCCCGCCUUUUCAAUAUGUUAACUCAAAGUUGUUUACGAGUUUUGCAAUAAAACUAAUUCGCGUACAAAUAUAAUUACACGGAUUAUCCAACCAAAGUGUUCACUUGACAACCAGUCUCAAACAAUUGCUAACCAACUACACUUAAUGAAGUAUACCUAAAUGAUUUGAUCCGGAGGUCUCGAUGGACAAGGUUUCUGUCACUAAAACGCAAGCCAGCUCAAGUAAGAUCUUGAAAACGUAGGAGAGUAAUAAAAACAGUACGUUCCGGGCGAAACUUUGUUUUUCUGGAAAGAUUUUGUUUGGUCAAUUAAAAGUGAAUUAAGGCCAACGGAACGUAUCCUUUGUUUUACCAGCGCGUCCAAUUAGUAUGAACAAAAGACAGAUUUCAAUAAAAGUAGUAUUAAAAUCACUUAACGGCUGACACGUGCGUUUUCGAAAUCUCUCAACCAAAACAAGCAGAUAUAAUAAACCCUGCACACUUUUGGGUAAAUAAAAUAACACUCAAAAUAAUCCAAAAAAGUGGCUGUUUUUUGCGCACUUUAACAGUUUGAACCAAAUAACUGGAAGUAAGGAAAUAAGCAAAUGGAUGGCAAGGAAAGGCAAUUAAGCAACAAAGUAUACAUGAAUGGACACUGAAUUUGAACUGGAGUGACAAAAAAGUAAAGACAAAGAAUUGACUCGGUUGUUUUGAAGUAAAGUCGAUGUUUCGGGCUUUAGUACACGGUUUUUUUCCCGACUUGUCACGCGCUUAUAACAUGGUUCGAGUUAUCGAGGGUAAAAUUGUAUAGAAAUGAGCUGAGGGGAAACAAAAAUUACUUCGAGUUGGCGGGAGGCUCGAGUUACCGAGGAUAAAAUUACAGUAAAUGUAAGAAGGAAAUCCAGGGGAAAUCGACAUUGUUUCGAGUUAGCGUGAGGUUCGAGAUAGUGAGGGUUCGAGUUAUUGGGAGUCAACUGUAUCAUCAUCUCCGAAUUGAAAACGUUUUUGAGAGAGAAAAAGGCCAUUUUUAGCGACUACCUGGCUUUUACAAUAACAACUUUUUUCCAUGUUCUUAGGUCUGUGUGGUAUGAUACCGAGCGUUUCCCAUCAUCUUGGAGACUGGACCCGACUGAGGGCCCCAACCGCGUUAGAUGUCGUCUUCAGCGGUUUCAUCUGGACGUGGAUAAGAAAUACGUCAUGGAGGAGUACCGCGAGAAAAGUGAGUUAAUAAUUGUCCUUAAGUAUCACGUUAACCCUUCAUUUCGCGCGAAUGGUGAUCCCGUGAGGACACAUUAAUACGUUUAGAAUGUACGAUAUAGCUUUUCAGCUUAUCACACCCUGACCGGUUCUUGAAUGUGGAAGUUUAAGUGAUAUGCAUAUAGAAGUUAUUUUCUGAGAGUUCAUUAACAGUUUGAAAAUCAAAUACAAGUUUUACAGAACAUGUACCACUGACUGAAGUGUUUCGCCAUCCUCGGAGUAUUCCGUGGUUCUGCAAAGUACAGCAAUUCGUCCCUCUGGGGUCACUGCCAUUCCAGAUAUGAUGACUGUAUCAUUUUUCUCGACAAAAAUAUUGCGUACAAAGUCGCCAUUUGUUUCGUGUACAGUAAUUUUCAGACUAUUGUAACAACUUCGAGCAGUGAUCAGGUGUUUGGUUGGAUAGUGUACUGCCAUUACAUCAAAAGGGAGGUAUAUACGCCGACGGAAUUUCCCCAGUGCAUCUAAAAAGUCAAUACCAGAGGGCAGAAAUCGACGCUGUAAAAUAAAACCGUCAUCGACGGCAAUGAUGCACUUCCAAGUCCUCCAAUCUUCCUUUUUAUCAAGAGUGUACUUAAACUGGCCGUUGUUAUCAUACACUUGGACAAUGGAGUCAUAGUAACCGCUACCCGUAUCGUAUUCGACCAAUGCAAAAAUAUCUCCCUUUUUAUUUACUGUCAGGGAUAAACCCUUGUACAUGUCCCACUCCUUCAAAUAAAACGUGCGGUGCAUGGGAGGUUGUGAAUAAAUCACGUGCACUUCUGACUUGAAAAGUACGUAGACGUUGUCUAAAUGAUCAGUAACCACAUCCACAAUGGGUCCGUGGAGCGAAAAUGCGGGAUCAGGUGUAAGCAACUUCCACAACUUUCCGUCUUGGUUAAAUACUUUAAGGUUGGAAAAAGAACUUUCUGCUAUUAUAAAGUCGCCUUGACUGUUAGUUGCGAUGCUUUGCGUUGGGCAGUCUAAUCUCUGCUUUCCCUUUCCUUUAUGUCCAAAUGAAAACGACCAGGUCUCUACCUUAUCGUCAUCUUUAAUAAGGUUUAUUUUCUUUUCCGUGACCCCCGGCCAGUUGUCGAAUUGUUUGCUAAGAACUCCGUCGACCGCUGCCGUCACUCUGGCUACCGCACGAUUCACGUCUUGUACUGAAUUAGUUAUGUCUUUUCGUUCAUCUUUUUUAAACAUUGACCAAAAUCCCCCGGAAUGUUCAACUUCAAAGCUCUUUACCACCGCGGGCAUGGAGUGUAACUCUUCUAGGCACAAUUUACAUGUCGCUAUUGCCUCUGCUGGGCUGUCUAUUUUCUCUAAUAUUGUUGACAUAACCCGAUACUGCAUGGCUAAAAUGCGAUCUUUUGUGCUCAGAGCAACAUUAUUGAAAGCCUCCGUUGCUUUCAUUCUAGCCUCGUCAAAUCUCUUCUUUGCGUCAGCAAGGGCUCUCUUUCCAGAUUCAUCCAACUCGGCGAAUAAGGUUUCUUGUCCCUUAACCGAAAGUGAAACUGUUUUCACGUCAGCUGAAGGCAAGUCUAACCACUCUGUAGAUUUGUCCUUCUCCGCAGCUUCAUUUCUGGUUUUAACUUUGCUCGACUCCGGUCCACAGUUUGCAUAAUACUUUUCAUCCAGGACUUUAGACAGAAACACAAUUCCUUCCUUAAAAAAGCUGAUGCUUGUCAAAAGAUCCUUUCGUACCAAUCCAUCCAGCUUUGACUUGAUGUCGUCCAGUUCACGGACAAUAAUAUUGCGAAAUUGUUCAUCUGUCACGUCACCUUCUUGUAGCUUUUUCGCCAGACAAUCUCGACCUUUUUUUAGAAGCAAGCCUACAGUGGCUUUCAAUACAGCUGUAACAAUGGCACUCAUUUUUCUUUGGAGAUAAGCAAUCGAUCGUCUUCGGAAUGAUUAGCGCUCACUGAGAUACUGCAAGAUUUGUUGUGGCUUGUCUCAAAGUUCGAAUUGAAAGGUGCUUCGAGGGCGAAAUUUAACACGCAAAGUAAGGGAUUACGUCGUCAUUUCAAAAACAUGCGAUAACAGAUAUUGGCCGAUUUUUAUCUUAAAUUGAAACCGUGGGGGGGGGGGGGGGUACUGCCAUAUAUAUGGUUUUCAAGCAGUUUACUCUAGGAUAGGGUAUGUAAAUCAGAGCGUUUGGGUCUACAAUAGGGUAUCAUUUUAGGAAACUGAUCAGUUGGUUGAAGAUUUUAUCUAGACUAGGGAAACAGCUACUGUAGGAUAGGUGGGAUUUGGGGAGUUUGCUCUAGUAUAGGGUACCAAAAUUUAGCUGGACUAGCUCUGGUAUAGGUUAAGGGUUCCAGGGUCCCAACGGCACAUCCCCACCCACAAAUUCCUAAAGUACUCCCCCGGGAAUUGAAAACGUCUUUGUAACGUAACAUCCUCGCAAUUGAUAUCCAUAAUACGGGGACACGGCUUAAAAGUCUUAAAAGGGAACAUAUAAGCAUAAGCUUCAGAAAUCUCGACGUUUUGUUGGAAGCAAGCCUACAGGGGACUUCAACGCUGCCUUAGUAAUGGUAGUUAUUUGACGUCGAUCGUCUUUUAAUGGAUAAUUGUGUGGCAAAGUAAGCAAGAGAUAUUCAGGGCGGACGCAGUGGAAUUUAACCCCUAACCAUCAGAAUAUAAAAAGAUCAUGACGCCAUUGUUACAAAAAUAAAUGCCAGUACCCGAUUAACAUCCAACUUUAUCGAUUAUGUGUUUGGUGUGGGUUUUGAUAUUUUUGUUUGACUUGUAUUACAGAAAGUUUAUUCCUUGUCUUAGCCGCUGGACCCUUAGGCUACUCAUUUUUCAAUACGAAGAUUGAUUACAACAGCGGAUGGGUGGGUGGGGACAUUUGUAGUCCUUAGUUAUUUAUUUGGUUAUUUACUGCGAAAAAUUUUGGACUAACAACCACCCCCCUCCCCCUCCACACACACACACACACCCCACCGUUCAAGACGAACAUACCACCCCAAGCGUGACAGAUAGCUAUUUCAGAAGCAUUCACUCUGUACCACCUUUUUCUCGAUUCCAAAAAUUUAUAUUUUGUGUUUUUAAUUUUACACACGCAAUAAUGACAUAGCAAUGUUUUUUGUUGGGAUAAUCUUGGAGUGUUGAUGAAUUUUUUCCUGUGUUUGUGUAGAGUCGAAAGGCGGAAGCACUCCGUUAUCCUACUUAUUCGAAGACACCACGUCCUCGUCAAAGAAGAACGUUUAUUACAUCUUUGACACGCCUGAUACGAUUCGGUAGGUCUAUAUUAAUCUGUGAACUCCCAUACCAGGCCCAUGUUGCGGUGUUUUCACUGGUUUAUUUUUAGACACAUUUUAGAGCAUUUUUUGUCCCGCGAAAAAAGAAGUUCCGUUCCGUCUAUAAGUGCAUUCGAAGUAUAAAAUGUUAAAAAGGAAAACCAAUUGUUAUUAACUCUUUAAACCCUAAGAUCAAAAUUUAAAUUCUCAUUUGUUGCCCCAAUUCAUUUCCUACAGAAGUAGUAGGGAGAAGUUGAUAAAAUAUCAAGCAAAGUCAUCGAUCUUAAGUGAUCAUGUCCGUAAUUGACAUAACCACUCGGCUCUACAAAGCAUUAAUAUUACAAGGAGAAAUUUGAUGCUGAUCACUCUUAGGGCUGACGGACUAGCUGGUUUGUGGGACUUAAAGAUUUGCGCUAAUUUCGAUCGUUCUAAAAAUCAAGUGGUCGGUGUAAAACGCCGUGACCCGAGAACAUGGAAGUUGCACGCUUCUGUUAUCUGCCGAGUGCCAAUGUGAUUUCUUUGUUCUAUUUUACCCGCCAGCCUUGAUCGUUGAAAUGACGUCAUAAUGUGUUCAUGUGUUCGACAUAAUGCUUCCUUUUUUUAUUUGACCUUUUAUUAACAGUUUUCUUCACCACUGUAAAAACAUUACCUUGGACAGCAAGAUCAAAGGAGUGCUAUUGAUUGGUAGGUGUUUUUGAAAACUGUGUUGUUACAAAAAAUACAUUCAAAGCUCCCGAGAGCUGUUCAAGACGUUCAGAUAGCUUGGAGUGGUCCAAAGUAGAGAAAGCGAGGAAAAAUAGAGGGGGACUAGGGAGAGCGCCUCCCUCUCUCCCUCUCUCCCUCUCUCCUCUACCCUCUCCUACCCUGUUUUUUUUUUUUUUUUUUUUUUUUGCGCCGAUUUAUAUUUCGCGCCGUUUCCAACUACCUGAACGCCCGGAACACGCCAACAACUCUCCUUCCGCACUACUGUCUUCGUGUCACUUUCAAUGGUCCACACAAGUUACGUAUUGAAACUGGCUGCACGUUUCUGUGACGGGUGUACUGCUUAGUACCUACUCGACCGUGGCGCGCUCGAUAGCCUUUUGUCUUGUCCGUUCCUGCUGUCUGUGUUUGUUGUUUUCUUUUUCUUUUUUUUUUUUUUGCUUGUUAAUUUGCUUUGGAGCUUGGCCUCGCUACUUUCUGUUUGCCAGCUUUUCAUUUCUAUAACAACUCUUUUUUAAGUCCUGACAACUCGGAAGUGCCCAAAGCUGGAAUUCUUGCAGGUAAAGCACUUUAGCCUUCUCAUUUGACGACUGCGCGCAUUACCAAGGCACCAAACAAACUAUUUUGCAGGUUUUUUUUGGAAAUGUCUAGCGACUGAUUGGGCAAGGUAGAUGGCCAUAAUUUAUCGAUUUGAAAGUUUAUAUCGCUGUUUGAUUGUCAGCUUUGUAUGUUGUUUGUUUAGGCGAGAGCCACAUGUAUUUUGUGGGAGAGGAAGCCAUCGCAGAUACAGAUAUCACACAAGUAAGAGAUAAAUUAAAAUGAGGGUAAUCAAACUUCGCAUUUAAAACAUAUAAAAACCGGCUGAAAUAUCAAGUUAACAGUGGCAACAUAUGAUAGGAAAAUCACCAGUUGGCCUAUUCGCAGGCGCAGACGUGGAGUGAAUGAGCUCGUAUUAAGACAUGUCACGCUGAAAUGAACUGGAAUUUUCCUUCUGCACUACUUUCUAUUGCUUUUAUGCUUAAGUCGACGUUAAUCAUAGCAGACAAUUUUCUGAAGUUUUAAACAUUUUGUUUGUCUCUUUCCUCAAGAUUUUACUCGGUAAUAAGGAUGCUAUAUCCAUCUCCUGGUCUUACGAGGAGAUACAAGAAGUUCGGACAAGGUGGUACUGCCUUCAGGUAAAUAUGAAUAUCAGUUCUUUAUUCCUUUCUUUAAAACCGGAACCAGCCCUAGGUGCUUUAAGUGAGACACCCUUAAAAACAGCUCUAGGUGCUCUAUAGGCGGGGCACCUUUGGGAACAGUUCUAGGUGCUCUAUAGGCGGAGCACCUUUGGGAACAGCUCUAGGUGCUCUGUGGGCGGGGAACCUUUGGGAACAGCUCUAGGUGCUCUGUAGGCGGGGCACCUUUGGGAACAGCUCUACUUGCUCUCUAAGCGGGGCACCUUUGGGAACAGCUCUAGGUGCUUUCUUAGCGGGGCACCCUUGAUUCCAGAUAAAGUCUCUCUUUAAACGGGGCACCCUGGCUCCAGUUGUUCGAAGGCUGAUUAGCGUUUAAACCAGGGUUAAAUUUAACCCGGGUUUGUUAUUCUUUUGUUCAAAAGCUUUUUCUCAGAUAAUUUUCUGUUAUUUUUAAGAGCAUCCAAUCGUCAGCUUGUUGACAAAAGGAAUUUAACUGAAUGUACUUUUAAAGCUUUCGUCUCUGAAUUCAAAUUUCACACUAAACCUGUCUUAUCUUAACCCGGCUUUGAACAACCCGGCCCUGGAGUCUACUUUUAGGUACUCUACAAGAGAGCAACCUUUGAGGCUGGCUCAAGGUGCUCUCUAAGCAACCUCUUCCCCCCCCCCCCCCCCCCGCCCCCCGCCCCCGUCCCCCGUCCCCUCAGAGCCAGCCCUAGGUGCUUUGUAAGUGGAGCACUUUUGACUUUUGGGGUACCCUUGGGAUCAGCGCUACGCUAUUUACCCUCCUUCCUGGCCCUUUGUGUGGCAAAUUUGGUACCGUAUGGUAUCAAAGCAUAAGCCGCCCCUUCAACUCCUUGCUAAUGGUGCGACAAGGCCGCAACAAUUGAUUGUGACUACUAACACUCUUACUUUGCAAUGACUGUUCUAACUAUUAUCAAGAAGAUUAAUGGUUAAUCGGCUCACCAACAACCAAGCAGUGCACUAUGAAGUUGCUAGAACUUUUUAAACAAUUUGUGUUUUUUAUCAUAAAAAAUUACCGCUCAAAAAUUGUUUGUCUUGUUUCACACAGGACAAUGGCUUGGAGAUUUUCCUUACCACCGGACGAACCUAUCUCCUGGCGUUUGACACUAGACAGGUACUAACUUAAAAGGCUCCUUUGGGAUAAUUUGUGUUUCUUUUUUGUGACCUGAUUAGGUUUUAAAAUCAAAUAUUUUUAUGUGGUACUCAUCAACCACGAAAUAUUUAACGGUUUCGUAAAGGGAAUUUUAUGCAAGUGACGUUUCUUUGCGGGAAUCCACCAUCUUAAGAAGCUUUGGCACUUUAUUGGCUGAAAACUGUCGCGCCUCUUUUUUGUACUAAUCGGUAGAAAUGCCUCGCUUGCAUGCGCCUUCCCGCGCUUUUGAUCGGCUACAUGCUUUGUGAUCUAAUUGGUUCAUUUUUAUUUCUUCGCAUACCUCGAUCGCCCAAAGUAACAACUAUCUUGAUGGUUUCUCAUUACUUAUUUAAGAAUUUCCCUCUAAACAUCGUUGUUAUUUGCGCCAUAAUUUUCUCUAGGACCGCGAGAUUGUGUUGGAGCAGUUUAAGCAGAGACACCUUCCGUGUUACGAAGCUCCGCAGUAUGAACACCUCAUCACCUUGUCAAACAGGUAAUAAUACUGAGUACUGCCUCUUGAAAGUGACGGGAGAAAAAUCUUUUAACUCACUAUAACGUAUUAAAAUACGAAUAUCCUCUUUCGUUUUGUUACCAAAUUCAGUACCACUUUGCAUGGAGUAACUAAUAUUUCAGCUUGAUCAGUGCUUUCUUGCCAAGAGAAGAUGAUUCUGUCUGAAUGUUCUAACACUUGAGGAUUUAUUGUCCGCCAAGAGCAUCAGCAUCAUAUUUCAUCAGUGAUUUCAUUGGCCUGGAUACCUGAGAAGGACAAAGAAAGACAAUUGAAAUGACAACGACAUUUCCUCCUUUUCCUGAGUUCCCUUUAGAUGUAUCUUCCCUGCGUAGUCUACUCUCUCUUUAUUUUAUUAAUCUCCACUGUCCAAGGUUUUGUCGUGUGCGACGAAGUGGUGAGACACUUUCUCGCCUAAGACAGGAACCCACGACAACAAACACUGAUCUCAGUGAAGGUUAAGAUCCGUCCCUUUCCAAAGAUAACACUCCGCUUAAGGUCAUGUGUUUCUGCUAUCGUGCGUGCGAUGAUAACCAAUCAUUUUUUGUCUCCAGGUGGCGUUCCGGGCAAAUGACAAAUUUCCAGUAUCUGACCGAGUUAAACAAAAUGGCGGGACGCUCAUUCAAUGACCUCAUGCAGUAUCCCGUCUUCCCUUUCGUGCUGUCUGACUUUGACAGCGAAGUGCUGGAUCUGAAUGACUUUAAGAAAUUCCGGUAAGUUAACUCUGACCUGGUAACCUUCUUUCUUCUGUUUGGCUUCGUUGUCUCUUUGAAACUUUUUCCGUUCAUUUCUGCUUUUAAUAUUCCGACCUACGCGUCUGCCACCUAACGAUUUAACCGCCUUUUGCACUUAAUCAUUAAUGAUAGUUUAUUUUCCUUGUUGAUUGUUUUUCAGCGAUUUGUCUCGCCCUAUUGCUGUUCAAAAUCAGUCUAAGGAACGCAAAUACAGAGAGAAAUUCAAAGUGAGUCUUGCUUUUAUCCGUACUGCAUGGUCUCAAGUUCAGAUUAAUAGAGAUUGUAGGGGAAAAGUAAUCGGUUAUGUUCAUGCAAAUCCUCGAGGCUCAAUAACGGGGUCAUGAAUUGUACGUGUACGUUAGAUUUUCAGCGUAUACGUGGCUAUCGGCGGAGACCAAGGCGUUUAAGGCCGCAGCCCGGUUAGCUCAGUUUGGAGAGCGCCAGAUCGCUCAGCGGGAGGACGUAGCUUCAAACCCCAACCGGAAAAACGACCAGGGUCUGUUACAGGCCCGCAGUAAUGGGCGCCAUGCUGUUUUGGAUGCACUGCAAAAAAAAAUUUUGAAUCUAAAUGAAUAAAGAAAGAAGAAAAUGAAUGAAUGAAUAAGGCCAGUUUUAUGUCAUCUAUGAACAUGGUGUCCCAUAACAGUUUCUCAGCAAUGACGUAAACAAUUCUCGUUGUGAGUAGAGCAUUUUGUCACUGUGAAAAGCCGUCAAUUAUAGAACGCAUGACAUUUCCCUUGUUUCUGCAGUGGCUUCAAGAGGAACAUGAGCGAAUGCCUGAAAACGACCCCAUGUCGGCUCCGUAUCACUAUGGAUGUCACUACUCAAACAGUGGAACAGUUCUUCAUUUCCUGGUGCGCCUUCCUCCAUUUACCAAGAUGUUCUUACAGUAUCAAGGUACGGUUCUUUUCGGCCAUGUUGAAAUAUCCUUUUUUGUGGCUGUGCAGCCGGCCAACAAUUUGACCUGAAAAAGAGGCGAAUCGGCCAUUCCUUGUCAUUUUAACCCAUUAACCUCGUUUCUCUGUCUUUAAAUACAGCUUUCUUGGAGUAUACACACCAUUGGCGCAUCUCCCAUAAUAUACGUCUUUAUCCCCUCCAAAUUUGCAUCUUCAAUUUCCAAGGAAGACUUUAAAAGCCAGGAGAAAUUAGGAUAAAUGCUUUUUUUUGGCGGGGUGGUGAACAUGGAGGGAGGGCGGGGCGUGGUGAAUGCGAACAAGGUUUAUUGUGUGAGAUGUGCAAAUGUCUAAUACAAAGUAAAUAUGAACACAUGGUAAGGACGCGAAAAAAUAAAGAAGACCGUAAGGGGGGUAUAGUAUAGCCUGAAAUUCAUCCGAUUGCUUCGAGUCGUUUUCUCCUCUCAACAACGUCUGAAUCGACGGGCCGUUAAUGCCGUCCAGUGACGUCACUCACUACCCGAAAACCGGGUAGUGAUUUUGAUUGGUUGAUUGUCUAAACAUUCGCAUAAUUAUGUAUAAUUAUGAAAAAUUUUAGCGGGAUUGUCACUUGAUAUUCAGCGGAUUGCAUCCCUGGCAUCCUUUCGUUUAGUUCAAACAUUUCGAUAAGCGCAAUCUUUAUCUUAAAAAGCAAAAUUGCCCUUGUCUUCGAAACUGAAAUGCGAAAUUGAACUGCGAACGAAGAAUCAUUGCAGAAAGUCGGUAGGUUUUUCAUUUAGAGCUACUUUGUGGUUUCGGCGGCCGGCGAUUUUGUUUUGUACGCGAAGUUUUCUGAGAUCAAUGUUAUAAUUCGACCUUCUUGGUAUUUUUACCGUUAAAAGUAAUGAUUCUGUUAGUUUUUCUUUCUUGUCUCCUUGUUUUUUUUCUUCGUUAAGGACCAAAUAGCAUCUUUUCAAUUAAAGCAAAUCAUUGUAUUUUUGAACUAAGUGUUCUGUGUGUGUGUUUAUUUCAUUGCGUGAUUGCGACCGAGUUUGAUUGUAGAAUUUAGUACAACCGGUUCAGAGUUGUGCUGCAUGCAGUUGAUAGUUUGAACGUUAAACAUGAAUUACGAUCGAAAAAAAUAUAGUAGUUCUGUAUCAUGCAGACAUUUCCAAACGAUAUUUCUCGGUUUGCCACUUGAAAAUCGUGUUUUACUUUUUGCAUGAAUUAAAGCAAAGGUCAAGGAGUAGUGACGUCACUGGACGGCAUUAACGGCCGGUCGAUUCAGACGUUACUGAGGGAGUAAUAACGACUCGAAGUAAUCGGAUGAAAUUCAGGCUAGGUAUAGUAAUGAUCACUGGCUUUUUUAUAGAUCGCAGCUUUGACAUUCCCGAUCGGACUUUUCACUCCUUGGCUACAACAUGGCGUCUUUCAUCGUUUGAAUCUGCCACUGAUGUCAAGGAAUUAAUCCCAGAGUUUUUCUUUCUACCCGAGUUCCUGGAAAAUACCGAAGGUACUGUUAUCAUUAGUGUGUAGAUUUGAUGAGACUUUCUACUCUCGUAUUUUGGUUGAAUUAUAUUUUGUUUUUGUCAAGUGAAACUCGUUCGCCUUAUCCGACAUUUCGUUAUUGAGGGUAGAUCGCCGGUUUUUGUUAGUAACAGCAUCAUAACCAUCUCUUGGUCUUAUUACCAGUCAAUGUUGUUUGUUUGGUUGUUGUUAUUGGUGUUGACUCUUUUUUAUUUCUUUGUUUACUCAAACAUAUUUGACAAGCCAAGUUUACCGAAGAGAAAUGAUACUCAACGGCCUCACUUUUCUGCGGUUUAUAAUUACCUUAGCAAUAAGUUUGUUUUUCUUCCCAAAGGGUUUGACUUUGGUUUGCGGCAGAAUGGAAGUCGAGUGAUGAAUGUGGAGGUACCUCAUUGGGCUAAAGGCAGUACCAGGUUGUUCAUGUUAAUUCACAGGCAGGUGAGUCUUAUUGCCCUAUAAUUGAGAUUGUUUUCACAUGAAGUCACGGUGACCGUAUUUGCCCACCUACCCCUCCCUAAGCCAAUAUUAACACUUACUUCUCACUUACGGCAAAAUGUUGGCUGGUGGGCAGUUUUUUCAGAUACGUAUAAUAAUCCAAAAAUCCUGUUUAGAUGGAACUAUUUUCUCAUGUAUUUUUUUUUUUCUCCACGCUGAUCACGUGAGUGAAAAAUAUCUAUUGUCGUUUUUAUCACAUAAACAUGUUGUUGUUGUUGUUGUUGUUGUUGUUGUGUACCCUUUUCUACCCGUUGUUUUACUUUGCAGGCCUUGGAAUCAGAUUAUGUGUCACAGCACCUCAAUCAGUGGAUUGAUCUUGUGUUCGGUUAUAAACAGAGGGGACGAGAGGCUAUAGACGCGAUUAACGUGUUUCACCCUGCGGUAAGUUCACUUAAUCUUAUUUUAUUCAUUGUGUUGCCUGAGAAAACGGCCGACAUUUUGCGUCGUCAUCACUGGUUCCCCCGCGAAAUGACGUCGUACUUAUGACGCGUCACUACUGAGAUCUGGGCCGGGUUGUUCAAAGCUGGGUUAAGAUAACCGAGUGUUAGAGCAAAAUUUGAAUUCAAAUAUGAAAGCUUAUAAAGUAAAUACAUACAUACAUACAGUUUAAUUCUUUUUGUCAACAAGUUGAUGAUUCGAUGCUCUAUGAAUAUUAGAGAAAAUUGUGCGAGAAAAUGCUUUUGAACAAAAGAAAAAGAAACCCGGGUUAAGUUUAACCCUGGGUUAAGCGAUAAUCAGCCUUCGAACAACUGGGCCCUGGGUAGUAGUUCUGUUUGGUAUUUCUGCAGUCAUUUCUCAGACGGCAUUUAGUGGGAGACCAGUGGUUGCGUCGCAAAAUAUGGGUUAUUUUCUCACGCUAUUCAUUGAGUUAAUCUAGGCACAUUAUAAUUAAAUCCUGCCCUUGAAAUUUGUUUUUCAUGCUCAAAGGUUAUAGUUAGUCGCUGCACCUGUUGUCUUUAAAUUUGUAGGAAGGUUAACAUAAAUUAAAGCCUCCUCUACCUGACGAUUUUACCACCGUGAAGUAGAGCGUAGUCCGAUGUAGAAGACACGGUUUUAUCUAUAAUCCGUACAACCAAAAGAGAUUAAUCCUAUUAUCCUCUCAAAGUACAAGAUAAGCCUUCGUUUCUCUGGGAGAUACCUAAUCCGAAUACCAGACGCCAAGAACAUCUGAAUCCUCUUGAGUGGAUGGAAUCGUUUAAUACCUCAAACAGCUUGGAGUGUUGAGCGGUUCUCCAAGACCGUUUCGAAGAAAGUAAAUUCCGCAAUUAGAAAUUAGAUCGUCGUGUUCAUAGUUUCUUUGGUUGUCGAGAUUCUCUCCCACCUCAAAUCUGGAUUCAGUUUUGCCCAAGUACACAGUCUAAGUAAGAAUUUCUUAACAACUUUAAGUCUGUCCGUGGUUUUAGACGUAUUAUGGUGUGGAUGUGAACGCCAUUACAGACCAAGUCCGCCAAAAAGCGCUGAAAACCAUGAUCGAGACGUAUGGUCAGACCCCCCAGCAAUUGUUCACCUUCCCUCACAGCCCGAGACCACAGCAUAAACCAAUGACCACCCAGACUAGUGACGUGGGCCCCACAUCCACUUUAAACACCCUAAAGUUCAUGGACACCGGAGCUGAGCUGGCUUAUGCCGGCCUCCGCAUGGGUCGGCUGACUACCUCAUUUUCAUCAGACACGGGGACGAUUAUAGGCAGUACCGCUGACACACUCACUGGUAAGUUGAGACUAGUUUGUUUGCCACUCUAGGAUGGCACGGGGGUUGGUUACACAAAGCGGUGCUUUAGUUAAGCCCCAUAGCUGGCGUUUUGGAGCAUUCUGUUUGGAAAUCACGAAAAUACAGCAUUAAAAUUCGCAAAUACAGCCACUGCAUCACUACUUCAGCGUUUGAUUUCCUAUAUAUUACGAUUAAUCUUCUUCCUUAAUGUACUUAUUGACAGAGAUUCAGUCGCCUGUGAGCACAGUUGAGGGCCUUAAAUGGGGGCAGUAUCUGGGCUCCCCAGCUUUAGGUGCCCCAGCGGUGGGGUUCACACAAGCUCUCAACUCUUCCGUGCAGUCUCUCGUCUGCCUCAACAACGACAAUGUUUUCGCGCUUGGACACAACACCACACUGCUGACCGUACACCAGGCGAGGUCCGGGGAGAGUGAAGAAAGAUUAUUGUGGGCAGCGGCGCUAAGCUGGGGGUACAUGGACGGUUGCAUUCGUGUCAGCACCUCUCCUGAUAGUGCCCCCGUUUGCCUCAUGGAGCACCACACUCCAGACAAGGUGAGAUACGUCAAACGUCUACAGUCAACUUCCUUUUCACGGACACCUUGCUAGAACGGACACCUAGAGUAUGUCCCUGCCUUUCAUUACUCCUUUCAGAUGACUCCUUUUAAGACAGACAUCUCCCUAAGAUGGACGGACACACAGUACUGGUCCCAAAUGUGUCCGUAUUAGAGAAAGUUGACUGUUUCCGUUGAUGAAUGAGUUCCUAUGAUAAGUAAACCUAGAUAAGCAGAUAGAAUCUGAUAGGUAAAAAACGCUCGCGAGGGACUUGGUCUUUGCUUAAAAAGCGGACCGGAUGGUUGGACGAAACGCCGGAUUAGUCAUUUAUGUAAAAACACAAUUGUCCCGGGGCAAGAUAAAGACACAGACCGCGUAGUAACAAUCAGGGUUUGUACAGAGUCUCGGAUCCAAAAUUUAAGACUUUCCAAAACAAUAAUAUAUUUUUCCGGACUCAGGAUUAUCAAAUACGUGACCAACGGUGACCUCGAAAAAAUGUAGGAACCAAUCUCUUCUCAUGAUGCACUGUAAUCACGGUGCUCUAAUGUGGACAUAAGAGAGUUCUGAAACUUCCCAUUGCGUGAUUUAAGGUCUUGCCUACAGGCGAGUUUCAAUAAGAUAUCAAUAAGAUUUUACUUACUAAGCACUUGUUGUAGCUUUGAAAAAAAUUCACACUUUUUACGAUUUUUCAACAUUUCAUCUCUAUUUUCCAGAAUUUUUCCAGGUCUGGAAUAUUGCUUUGCAAGUUUCAAGACUUUUUCAAUAAUUCAAGACUCUAUGCAAGCCCUGAACAACAGAAACUUCGAACGGUCGCCGAAUUCCCGGGAUAAAAUUAAGGAAAGAAAAAGAGUUCUGUGGACAGGCUAUUGUUUUUGUUGUUGUUCUGUUUUUAAGUCACAGUAAUCUCGUUGUUUAAUUCCUUUAGAUUACCUGCUGUGCUGUAGCUGAUGGUUGUAAUUCUCUUUUCAUUGGUACAUCAACCGGCACCCUGUCAGUGCUUCCCGUCAAGUACAACCCGAGAGUAGCGGUAAGUCUGUGGUUUAGUGCUGAGAACUACUGUGUCAACAUCUAAUACAGCGGAACCUCUCCUUACGGCUGGUUCAAACGGGCGACGAAAACGCAAGCACUAAAGAACACUCGUCAGGCGUACAAAUUUUUUCAGCGUAUAGUCUCAACGUCAGCGCUUGUGCUUGCGAUAUGCACAGGAGUGAGCCGCGACAUCACAAGCGCUAGUGCGUGCACAACGCCGGACAAAUAUUCCGUUCGCUAUUUUUGGACGCCGGGUGCUAAAAAACGCGUGCGAAUCUGUCCCGUCUUUUGUUUUCCAGGAAGCUGGCAUCGAAGUCCUGGGUUCGAGAGUUCGGCUUCAUGGGCAUAAGGACUCCAUUACUUGCAUUGAACUGUGCCAAGCCUUUAGUAUUGUGGUCAGCGGUAGCCGCGACAGAACAGCCAUUAUUUGGGACCUGAAUAGGUACUACAUUUAAGAUGUUUCUUGUGAGAUACCCGCUAAAGCUGAUUACUCUACUCGCGCCGGUAUUGAUAGCAACUCUCUUACUAUUGGCCACUCAAUAACUAGACACUUUUUUCUUGACUGUAUCGAAAGUUUUUAGUUGGCGUGAGAUCGUUUUCGCGAUAGGAAAUCAAUGUUGAGAUGCGUGUUGCAUUUAGUUGAGUAAAUAGUCACGGAGACGUUUUUGCAUUUCGGUGAUUCGAUGAAACGUCCUUUAUUGAACUAACUAAUGAGAAAGAACUUAAGUUCGGUCAGGAAAAUCUGUUAUUUCUGCCUGCUUUGGUUAUAUUUUGAAGGUACAAUUUUGACGUCAAACGAGAACUCUGGAUAAAAGCCGUUACUCCCCCUCCCUCACUCUCAGUAUUCUUUUUUUUCUGUUUUUCAGGUUAAGUUACGUACGAUUUCUCCAACAUAACAACACUGUUGCGGCUGUUAGCGUCAGUCGAACGACUGGAGACAUAGCUACUGUGUCGCAUACUUGUAAGUGAUGACAUGACUAGCAGUACAUUUGUUCUCUCUGAUAGGAUCGUUUUACCGUGCGUCUCUGAAUAGUCACUUCUCAAGUUGUGAUUGGCGUAUAUCGAUCCUAGUUAUUGCCUCCGUGGUCUAAUGCUAGUCUGCUGCACAGCCGUUCUUCCUGUCGUCGCGCAACGCUCCUCCUGGCAAAUCCUCCCUGAGCCAAGAGGGCUGGGUUACCACACGAGGAAAGACUAGGUAGCAGACUUGUCUAAAGUACGACGUUGCCGUUGUUGUAAGAAAUGCAGCACUUCCUCCUCCACCCCUCCUCCCGAAAUAAAGUGGCUUCACCCUUAAUUUCGAGUGGGGAAGGUGAAGGAAGGAGGUUGCUUUUAUUGACUGUAGCCGUCGUGCAAAAAGUGCGGAGAUCUUUUCACGAAACUUAACAUAAAGAGAAGAAAUAGCUUUCAUUUUAUAUCCUCCUUUUAGUAAACUGCGACUCAGAGGAGGACACUAUUGACGACGGAAGUGUCAUGAAACUGUGGACUGUAAAUGGCAGGUUUAUUGGUCUUGUGACCUGUGAACACCUGAUCAACUGUUUGGAGUUUUCGUCAGCUCCGGAGGGCAUGUCUGUUAAUGUUAUCGCCACCGGACUAAGCAAUGGAGCCAUAAGGUAAAUUCACUAACCUGGGAAAGGGGUCGUUAGUUUCCAAAGCUACGGUAAAGCGGGAACCAAAAACGUACAACCUGUUUUGUAACAUUGCUGUAAAUUGAGUUGAAAAGGAAUAGUGCUCGUUUUACCACCCAAGUUCAAACCUGCGUCUUGCAAAAUAUCGGGCUGUUGCAAGGAUAAAAUUACGCGGAAAUCACGCUAUACGCAAGGAGUUACGUCACUUUUCAAGUUUGCCUUGGGCUGGUAAAGCGCACAACAUGUACAGAUUGUGUUGCAAAACGUAGAACAGACUACUCCUACUUUUUGAUUUGUUACGAGACAGGUUUGAUUCGUGGAUGGUCGAAAACGCGCAACAUCGCUAUUCAACCCGUUUUGCAGCAAUGUUAUGUCAUUGGUUGCAAACAAGUUCCACGGUUUUGCUGUCCGUUUUACCGUACCUUAAGAAAACGUUGAGGGAGUGAAAUGCAGGGAUUUGGAUUCAGUUUCUGUUUCAGUUUAUUUUGCAACAAAAGCGUUGACGAGCGUCGCUCAAAAACAUCUUUGCUUAAGCUCCCUAUAAUCUGCCAACAGACUUUGGAGCACGUGGGAUCUGUGUCACAUACGGGACAUUGCACCGGACCUCAAUCUACUUCAAGUAGUCAGGUAAGACGGCGAGGUUUUGUAUUUGGCUUCGUUCAAUUUGUGUUUGUUUGUUUGUUUUCGUCAUGCAUACGAUAUACAUUACAUGUAGUUUUAUCUGUGUUACCCUUCCCGAGACGAAAAACACCUUGGCGAAUUGCUACAUAAAUGUAAAUACCUUUAUUUUGCUGUAUGAAAUUCUUGAGCCGGUAUUGUGGUAAGUAACAUACAUUUUAUUUUUUAAAGGGGAAAGUUCUUGUUCUUCUUUUUAACGGAUCUAAUUAUGAAGAAAAUCAUACCGGUUAUCAAAAAAAUAACUUUGCUUUAAAAAAUUUAUUGAAAUUUGUCGACGACAACCAACCUUUUUUAGCCGUCAAUACACGCACGAACUUUGAUCUUGUGCAAUUUUGCGAAACGACAAGCGGGCGCGAACUGUGAUACAUAAAUAUGCCAUUUUGAAUUCUUUUUUAGCUUAAAAUUCUCUGACGACAGCCAACGCCUUUUUGCUGUCAACACGAACGGGAAACUUGUGGUUUGGCAGACAAGAGACAAAAUCUACACCAAGCCGCCUGUUAUCACUGUAUUCCAACGAAGAUAAGUAAGAAAGGCCCUUUGCUACAAACAUGGUACUUCCCAUUGACAGUAGCGCGGGCAGAAUCUUAAGCACGGGAGCAUUUUAGCGUAUUUCUUCAUUGUAAGUGGGGUGGUACGAGGCUUUUGGACCCUCAGUUGUGUGCGUGGUCAUUUUCCUCUCUCGUGUGUUUUGCGCGAUGUGCUAAGCAUUACGAAGAGGCUACUCAUCAAAGUGAAAUCCUUAUAAUUUCAGCUCAAGUGUUUGAGCUGUUCUGCUGUGCUUAAAGUUUCACAGUUCUUCACGUAUUCAACUUAUGACUUGUGCUGUAUGGUCCACUAAAGGUUUACAGUAAAAAUAUUUUUAUAUUUCUUUCGAAAUUUGCUUGUGUGGCCAUGCACGAUAAGGAAAGCUUUAUUUUCUUUAAAUCGCUCUCUACAGAGCAAAUUGCUGUAGUAACUGAUUGAAUGUAAGCGAGAAAUCUGUAUAAUUAUUCAUAAUAUGCAAGAUAAAGGAUGCUUGUAGUACUAAUACUUAUAAUGAUAUUGUGGUUACUGUCAGUGUAAUUUAUUAUUAUUAUCGUCAUCAUCAUUAUUGUUUCACGAUUAUUAUUAUUAUUAUUAUUAAAAAAAGCUUACAGAGAUAUUACCAAAGUAAGAUUUAUUUUUAUAUCUUUGUAAUGAAUUGACUGUAAUUGAUCAAUAUUGUAAGUACAUAAAAUACGAUAAGAUUAGAAAUAUUUUAUGUUGUUUAUAUUUUACAGUGGUGAUGAUGUUUAGAUGGUUGUAGCCAUAUAAAGAAGUCAUACAUCAUUUUGAAUUGACAAGUUAUACCCUCAAAAGUCUCAAAAGUAUUUAGAGUCAGGACGUAAUUUUUUGAAAAUGAAAUUAAAGAUGCCAGUCU